GUUCUAUUGGGAUCUGUGCAUGUUACUGCUGCUGGUCGCGAAUCUUAUCAUUCUCCCCGUCGCCAUAUCUUUCUUCAACGAUGACCUCAGUACACGCUGGAUUGCCUUCAAUUGUCUCUCCGACACCAUCUUCCUAAUCGACAUCGUCGUCAACUUCAGGACUGGCAUCAUGCAACAGGAUAAUGCCGAGCAGGUGAUCCUAGACCCGAAACUAAUUGCUAAACAUUAUCUGAAAACGUGGUUCUUCCUGGAUCUCAUCAGUUCAAUACCUCUAGACUACAUCUUCCUUAUUUUCAACCAGGAUUUCAGCGAGAGUUUCCAAAUCCUGCACGCGGGCCGAGCUCUGAGGAUCCUGCGCCUGGCCAAACUUCUCAGCCUCGUCCGAUUACUACGUCUCUCCCGCCUUGUCCGCUAUGUCAGCCAAUGGGAGGAAGUCUACAUCUUGCAGAACCUCCAAAAAAAGCGCACAGAACGGAGGGGCCGCCUCAGCUCUGAUGGGCGGAACAAAAAGAAGUCAAAGUUCAGCAAAAGCAAUCUCAUUUUUAAGUUCCUCAAUAUGGCGAGUGUAUUUAUGCGGAUAUUUAACCUCAUCUGCAUGAUGCUGUUGAUCGGCCAUUGGUCCGGUUGCCUGCAGUUUUUGGUGCCCAUGCUCCAAGGAUUCCCAGCCAAUUCCUGGGUUGCCAUCAAUGAGCUCCAGGAAGCAUUCUGGUUAGAGCAAUACUCGUGGGCAUUAUUCAAAGCCAUGUCACACAUGCUGUGCAUCGGAUAUGGCCGAUUUCCACCGCAGUCACUCACGGACAUGUGGCUCACCAUGUUGUCCAUGAUCAGUGGUGCCACCUGCUAUGCACUUUUCUUGGGACAUGCCACCAACUUAAUCCAAAGUUUGGAUUCUUCAAGGCGGCAGUAUCGGGAAAAGGUACGUGGUAUCCGCAGCUUCUCACGACUGUGGCUCGAGGACGCUCGGCGUAUCAGUUCGCUAGCGAUGGAAGCACGACGAGUGCUUUUUAUUAUUUGCCUUGUACAUCCUUACAAUUAUACUUCUAUUCUACAGGAUGUUAUAAACUACAACUGUCGCUCCCUUGUAGCGUCUGUGCCAUUCUUUGCCAAUGCUGAUACAAAUUUUGUGUCUGAUGUGGUAACAAAACUGCGCUAUGAAGUCUUCCAGCCAGGAGACAUCAUCAUCAAAGAGGGUACGAUUGGCAACAAAAUGUAUUUCAUUCAAGAAGGCAUCGUUGAUAUUGUAAUGGCCAAUGGAGAAGUCGCCACGAGUCUCAGUGACGGCUCAUACUUUGGUGAGAUUUGUCUGUUGACAAACGCUCGCCGAGUCGCAAGUGUGCGUGCUGAAACAUAUUGCAAUCUCUUCUCCCUAUCUGUAGAGCAUUUUAAUGUGGUGUUGGAUCAGUAUCCGCUUAUGCGUCGGACCAUGGAGAGCGUCGCGGCUGAAAGACUGAAUAAAAUCGGGAAGAACCCGAACCUCGUAUCCCACCGCGAGGAGGACAUGGGUAGCGAGAGCAAGACCAUCAAUGCCGUGGUAAACGCUCUGGCCGAGCAGGCGGACCAGGUGAACACGUCCGAGGAGUCCAUGGGCAAUCAGUCUAGUGACAAGAGCAUUCACGAGCUGGGGCGUAACCUGCACGAACUGGGCAAGACGCUUCACAGGCUAAACCUGCCGAGGCCCAAGUCGGAGAACAACUUCGCGUCCCAGGAGCAGUUGCCGAUGAAUAUCACCAGCCGGCCCAUGUUCCACAAGUCUGAAACAUUUCACAGGGACACCGCUUUUCAAUGACACCAUUGAAUAGUGUAUUUUGUUAUUGUUGUUGCCGCCGCCGCCGCCGCGCUACAGUGAGAGACGCCGCAAACUUUUGUUGAGUUGCAGCAAAGCACAAGUCAAAUUCAGAAGUUACUUCUGCUGAAGUCUUGAUUCCGCUAUGCCCAAGCUGCUUCCCCACGAUAACUAGGCACUAAGGAAUUGUUGUAGAGUUUUAUAUCUCAGACACGAAAGUUCGUAUAAGAGCUGCUUUACGCCACGGUUCGAACACUGGAUCUUACUUUAGUUUCAGUUAAAAUGGUGUAAUUGUUUUUUGUUUUUUUGAUUACAAGAUGUCGAACUAGAGCUGUGACUCAUACAAUGAACAAAGAAGAAGAGACUUUAAAGAGAAAUGGAAAGUGUGAUAAUAUUAAAAGUGAUACUAUUAAGAAUAGAACAUUUACCAGGAUGGAAAUAAUACAAGAAUGUGAGAUUUCACGUUCUCGCAGCGGUGAAUAUGAAGAUGUCCGUCUGCUGGGAAGUUGCGCCAUGUAGUCUGGUAGAUGCUCGAUAUUUCAGAGGUGUUUUCUGUCUCCAUCAUCAGGGUGAUCAUUAUAAUCCUGGUGAUGUAGUCGGCAAGCACCAGUAAAGUUCUACCAGAUUACACAGCGCAACGAUCAAGAACACGGCCAUCUUAAUACAAGAUUCGGCCCAAGGCAAGCCGGUUAAUAUUUUAGGACCUAAUUUUGAAGUCCUCAACCAAAAUUUGCCGACUGCAUGCGAUGAAAGAAGAUUGUGUACAGACAGGCAAAUUUUCAAAGACAGAACUUAACAGAUGUUGUUCACUCAAGCAUUAUGAAUCAUAAGUUCUAUAUAAUAAUGUCGUCACUCAUUUUAAAUUCCAUUAAUGAUAAUACACAUAUGUUGCAUAAAAUAUACCCAACGUACUGCUGUCUUGUUGCAAUCAGUAAUGACACAGAAACUGUUUAGUCCUGGAAGAACUCAAAAGGUACGACGAGAAGUGGCCAUCCAGUAGUUGUUUUAUUAUCCGAGAGGUUUUUAUUAAUGAAUUGUCUGGCUGUUUAAAUGGAACCAUGUUUAACCGCUUAAAGCCUUGUACUGUUAGAAACUUUGUUUAUGAAUUGGGACCCAAAGAAAAUAAUGUUUAGCGGUCACAUACCAGUUACAUUUAUUCAAUUCAUUUGAGUUUUUGACGUAAAUAC